CGCGGACCCGUCCUGCGUUCAGUACCAUGGCUCUGGCGAACAAGUGUUGGAUUCUGUGCGCCGUUUCGCUCGCCUGUGUCGCCCCUUUUGGGUCCAGCAGAAGAGAGAGGCAAGAUGGAGGACAACCUGAGCUCUUCAUCUUUAAUGAGGUGUGUGCCUUAAAGGACGAGCCAGGGCCUUGCAAGGCCAUUAAGGAGAGAUUCUUCUUCAACGUCGACGCGGGACACUGUGAAGUGUUUGAAUAUGGAGGCUGUGGGGGAAACGCCAACAAUUUUGAGACCAUGGAAGCAUGUGAGGAAAUGUGUGUUGUCUCAGAUGACAAGGACCCGUGUCAUUUAGAAGAGGCUCCUGGUCCCUGUCGAGGGAUGGUGACGCGCUACUUCUUUGACAGCAAGAGUCAGCAAUGCAAGCAUUUCUUUUACGGCGGCUGUUUUGGGAAUGCCAACAAUUUCAGGAGCCUGGUACAGUGCCAGGUGAAAUGUCAGAACCGAGCAAAACCCAGUAGUGCACCAGAAGUCCAUACACAGUCUGCUAAAAAAUCUGUUGUUGUGCAGCCAACCAUAGUAACUGGGGCACUGAAUGUAAGCGAACCUCGAGUGCAACAGAAUGACACUAAUCAAGAGACAAAAACGUUGACGCCUAAAGAGGUGUGCUUCAGUCCUGUGAACAGGGGAACAUGUCUCGGAUCAGAGAGGAGGUUUGCAUACAACCCCAAGACCAAGAGAUGCCAGAUCUUUUACUACAGCGGAUGCGGUGGAAACACGAAUAACUUCAGAUCCCGGAGACAGUGUAUUAGAAAGUGCAUUAGAAGCAGAGAGGGUCACGGGCCCAGGAUGAUUCGAAUAAAGAGGAAAAACAUGGAACACAUUGUUCAUCGCUCACUCUGAACACUUGGCUCUGGAUUACAUCCCGCACUUCUGUGCUGUCACUUGUAUUUAUGUCCAUUUUUUAUUUUAAGCUUUGCUCAUACUGUUGUUUUGCAGUGCAACAGUCCUGGUGUAAAAUGUAUACCUUGUAGUGUACCUGAAUUAACUUUGUAGUGACCGAAUCAUUAUCCACCUUGGUUCAAUAUCUCAUUGACAAAAAACAUGUAUGUUUUGCUGAGUUCUAGUAUAGGAGCUAUCUACACUGAUGUAUUCCAUAUCAGUUUUUUUUUUUUUUUUUGGAUCACUUAAUCACUAUUGCAGUAUUGCUGGUGUUGUUAAGGGAAAACAGAAGGGGGCGGUGUUGUAUUUCUUUUCAGCACUGGCCCCUCUGGGCAGCAUAGUAUUUGCUUUACUGUCUUGUUUUAUGGCUGUGAAGAACUGGACUCUCAGAUUUUAUAUAAUAAAGAUCCACUAAGGCCUUCCUUUCUUUCUUUAGUUUUUAUCUGUUAUAUUUCCCCAUCAGUCUUCUGUGUAUAAAAAGGGCAAAGUGCUUCAGUAAAACAACCAAGAAAAAGAGAUAAACAGUAAAAUAGAUUAAAAUAAUGCAAUACCAGAGAUGCCAUAUUCAUAUGGGCCUUACAAGUAAAGCACAUAAAGGUUACUCUGUGUCCCUGAUUUUCUAAUUUUCUUUCUAAACUCAUCUGGAGCACUGCACAUCAAAUCACGAGGAAGAUGAUGAGGUUGGUUUGUGUUACUGCGGUGGUUAAAAUUAAGAUUUUACCAUUGCAAUAAACGAUACCUCAAAAGUCAAUGUAAAGUCACCGAAACUUAGCAAUGUUGAUCUUUAGUCAUGGCUGUCACUUCCAGUGAGGAGACUGAGGCAUGCCCUUUGGGGGUUUCGGAGUUUUAGUAAUGUAAAAGAUAAAGGUAAGUUAAAUUUUAAAGGAAGUUAGUUUUCUACAAUUAAAAACACUUGGUCUAUACAGGAUUAUAUAUAGAAUUAUAGAAUUCCAGUAUUUUUGGAUUUGGAGAAUAUUUAAACUUGACCACUUUAGUUUUGGCCAGUGAAUGAAAAAUUGUAAGAUUCAGUAUUGCCCCACCAGAAUUUAAUUGCUGUGGAGGAACUGUUGCAAUAGCAUUUAGAUCUUCAUGUUGGGAAAUAAUAAAUACAAAAAAAACAUAAUAGGAACAGUUAACUUAAAGCUGCACUGAUCGAUAUUUUUAUAUUAACAAUGGAUCAAAUGACUAUAUGUAAUAUGAAAGGCGUUGCUCAUAGUGACAGACCCACAGGGAAUUAUUGCCCAACUCUGCUGUUCCCUGUACUGAGUAUUUAAGUGUCUUUUAGCUUUUUCUGUUUGUGAUGUGGCCCACAACUUCACUGUUUAAUUCCGUCUACCUGCUCUGAUUGAGGGGGGCACGGCGGUGCAGUGGUUAGCACUAAGGCUUAACAGUGAGAAAGUUCUGGGUUCGAACCUUUCGCAGUGGGGUUUGUUGCCGCUGUGCCUGCUUGGGUUUCCUCCAGGUACUCCGGCUUGAGACCAAAGACAUGCAGGUUAAGUUAAUUGGUGACUGCGUUGUUGUGAUGUGAGUGUGACUGGUUGUUUGUCUCUAUAUAUUGGCCUCCUGAUAAACCUCGCCCAAUGUCAACUACUAUUGGCUCGUGACCCUCAAAGGAUAAAGCGGUAUAGCUAAUGGAUUGGAUGGAUGCUCUAAUCAACGUGGUUUCAAGCAGCUGCAGGAAGCUGCUUUCAGUGUGCUAAAUGAGCAUUUAGCAGCUUAAGAACCAGAUAUUUCCCACUCUCCUGACAAAGCAGAGCUAAAAGGAGAGUGAAUAUUGCACCUUCAUUCAUCAGGUGAAGAAAUACUACUAAUAAAUGGAGAAAUCUCUGUCUGUCCGUCUCUUCUUUGAUUUUCUCUACAACUGCUCAUCCGAUCGACUUCAAACUUCAGGUGUGUGUUGUUGAGGACCCAAGGAAGUGCAGUGUCGACUGGGAAGGUUUUUGGAUGAACGGUGUCACGGGAAAGAUAAAAAGAGAAUCAUUAAAUGACAGUCGGUUAGGACUGGGGCAACACAUCAAAUGUGGGAGCAUAAUUUAAUCAAUGUGUGUCAUAGCAACCCUUUCC